AUGCCAGGGCCAGUGAUGCCAGGGGCUGUGGUUCCGGGCGCUGUGCCGCCACUCCCACCAUUCGUUGUGCCGCCGGCGCAGUUGCUUAGGGAGCCCACAAUGCCAGGGCCAGUGAUGCCAGGGGCUGUGGUUCCGGGCGCUGUGCCGCCACUGAGUCUGCAGAUUGGCUCGUCGGCCGCCAUGGCGUGCCAGCAGUACCAUGGGGAGGCGAGGCCAAUCAGACAACAGAAGAAGCGAAAGGCGGAGGAGAUGGACAGCGUGGCUGGCAGCGCGGGCGCUUCAGCGGCUCCGACGGCUUCUGCGUCGCCAGCCGCUUCGCCAGGCGUGUGGACGGAGCCCACGCCGUCUCCCGCCCCUUCGCCCGCGCCGCUGUCUGCGCUGAAUCCACCUGAGAUGGUCUCAGCACCGCCCAAGGCUUCUGGAGGCGACACCGGCAGCGAGGGUGGAGAUCAGGCCGCUGUCACCAUCGCUGUCGCUGCCUUCGACGAGUCGUCAGCCAUGGAGCAAGAGCUCUUUGCAGGCUGGCAGCUCACGCAGAUCUGCACCGUGCACCAGCAGCGCCUUCAGGCAGGCGAGGACCUGCGGAACCACCACGCGAUGGAGACACUUGCGGAGGCAUCUGAGGCGAUGUCUCCUACGAUUGGACCUGCGCUCGGCCCGGCCGACGCGCCUUCUCCUCCUCUUUCCAAUCCGCCGUCGCCACCUGCACCCCAAGUGAGGCUGGCCUCGCUCGAGGUUGGUAUGUGUCAGCACGAUCGGGUAUCUCCUAUUUAA